CACUUUGGCUCAAGCCACCUGCGCUGCGGGGCUCUGCUGGCCGAGCCCGGGGGCGCCCUCCAUGCCCGCAUGAUCCGACGACGCGCGCUUGCGGUCUUCUGCAGCACCGCCUUCGCCACUGCGGCCCCAUGGCAGACUGCCGGCGUGGCGGCGCGCAGGGCCGAGGCCGGCGCGGCGGAGGCUUGGGCGGCCGCCGGGCCAGGCCUGAGCCGGUCAGCCGGUCUGGACAACGCCAUCGCCACCUCCAGCACAACCACCACGCUCACAACCACAAGCCAGACAAGCACCACCAGUCUCACAAGCACCACCCAGACAUCCACCACCACGUCGACUUCGACCUCCCGGGCCAGCGUGACGGAGGCGACAGGGAGCAGCACGAUCAUCCUGACCAGCACCAGCCAGACGAGCACCACUAGCUUGACCUCGACCACCCAGACCAGCAUGACAGGGAGCAGCCCCCUGACCCGCACGUCCGAGGCCGGCGCGACAGAGAGCAGCACCCUGACCAGCACCAGCCAGACGAGCACCACUAGCUUGGCCUCGACCACCCAGACCAGCACGACAGGGAGCAGCCCCCUGACCCGCACGUCCGAGGCCGGCGCGACAGAGAGCAGCACCCUGACCAGCACCAGCCAGACGAGCACCACUAGCUUGACCUCGACCACCCAGACCAGCAUGACAGGGAGCAGCCCCCUGACCCGCACGUCCGAGGCCGGCGCGACAGAGAGCAGCACCCUGACCAGCACCAGCCAGACGAGCACCACUAGCUUGACCUCGACCACCCAGACCAGCACGACAGGGAGCAGCCCCCUGACCCGCACGUCCGAGGCCGGCGCGACAGAGAGCAGCACCCUGACCAGCACCAGCCAGACGAGCACCACUAGCUUGACCUCGACCACCCAGACCAGCACGACAGGGAGCAGCCCCCUGACCCGCACGUCCGAGGCCGGCGCGACAGAGAGCAGCACCCUGACCAGCACCAGCCAGACGAGCACCACUAGCUUGACCUCGACCACCCAGACCAGCACGACAGGGAGCAGCCCCCUGACCCGCACGUCCGAGGCCGGCGCGACAGAGAGCAGCACCCUGACCAGCACCAGCCAGACGAGCACCACUAGCUUGACCUCGACCACCCAGACCAGCACGACAGGGAGCAGCCCCCUGACCCGCACGUCCGAGGCCGGCGCGACAGAGAGCAGCACGUCGAGCUACUGGACGAUGAACACGAGGGGCAGCACCACGAGGAGCACGGCCACGUCCACGACCAUGCGCACCUCCGGGAGCGUCCCACCGAACGCCCAGACGUCGUCUCGAGUAUUCGGGUCGAUGGCGCUGUCGCUUGCGGACCCAGACGCUGUCCGGAACGGCCCCCACGCGGAGAAGGUGCUGAGCGCGGUGGGCCUCGCCGUCGCCCAGGUGGCGCGCAUGCCGCCGAACUACGUGUCCGCCUGGUUCGGAGAGCCCGGCGAGCCCGAGCCCGUGCGCAGACUCUCUGCGGGAACCCUCAUGGCGGAGUAUAGCAUCGGCGUGCCAGCCGAUGCCGCCGCUGGAGUUCCCGCCGCCGCCGCCGCGAGGAUGUCCUUGAACGACGUGGACCUCGGUUCCUUCACUGCCCUGCUGCAGGCGAACAUCGACGCAGUGGUCGGGGAGGGCGUAUACUCGGUCUCCGUGCAGUCGAUCACGGCGACCGUCGCCAGCGAUCUCGGCGCCACCCCGGCCCCUGCGGCGUCGGACAAGUCGCAGGCCACCCCCCUGCCCCUCGCCGCCGCCGCCGCCGCCCUGCUGCUGUGCUGCCUCGGGUGCGGGUUCCCUGCCGUGGUGCUGGUGCAGUGGCGCAGGCGCCGGCUGCGGGCGGCGAGGCAGGCGCCGCAGCCCUGCCAGGCCGGCCCGCCCGCGCCCGGCCCCCAGAAGGCGCCGGCGACCUGCACGUUGGCCGACGAGCCGCUCGGGGGCGGCCCGCAGGCGGUGGCUCGCCUGGCCGACGGGCCGCCCAAGGGGCAGCUCUGCAUCCCGCAGGCGCCCGAGGCGCCCCCGUCGCUGCCGGAGACGCCGCGCGCGCUGUCCGAGGGCCUGUUCCUGGGGGGCGAGCUCCCCCCGCUCGCCGUCACACCCGCGGCGCUGCCCGUGGUGCUUCAGGCGGCGGCUCGCCUGGCCGACGGGCCGCCCGAGGGCGGCGCGCAGGCGCUCUGCAUCCCACAGGCGCCCGAGGCGCCCCCGUCGCUGCCGGAGACGCCGCGCGCGCUGUCCGAGGAGGGCCUGUUCCUGGGGGGCGAGCUCCCCCCGCUUGCCGCGACACCCGCGGCGCUGCCCGUGGCGCUUCUGGGAGACGGCGGGUUGCUCAGGGUCCCCGCGGGCCUGGCCCGACACUACCCGGAGCACCAGAUCUUGGCGCUGUGA